CCCAAUAUAUUUUUGGAUAAAUUAAGCACCCUGAACAACAGGCCGCGGCUAUAUAAGCAACCAUCGGCUCGGCUCCCUCGCUUCAAUUCCUUCCCGCCACAGACACGCGCGUCCACCACCACCCUCGCCAUCUCCCUCUCCCAAUCAGCGCACGAUGACGCGCCCGUGCGCCUUCCUCCUCGCCAUCCUCUUGGCCGCAGUCGCCAUGGCCGAGGCCACGGCCGCGGGAAGGGGGAAGCACCACGCCAGCGUGUACAUCGUGAUGGUGAAGCCUCCCGCCAGCGGCGUCAACUGCGAAAAGUACCAGAUGGGCAUCCUCACCGCCGCGCUCGGCAGCGAGGAGAGAGCCAAGGAGGCGCUGAUCUACAGCUACAAGACGGUGGCCAGCGGGUUCGCGGCCAAGCUCACGCCAGCGCAGCUCGCCGCCUUGCGGAAGCAUCCUGACGUUGUUCAAGCGCUGCCUGAAGUGAAGUACUCUCUUCAGGACAAUUACAUCAACAACAUCAAUAACUGAGUGCUUCAUCCCUCUAAGAGGGUAUAUAGUUUAGCACUGUAAUCUUCAUCAUGUUUAAUCGUGUUUAUGCACGUGUGAAGUGUCCGCUUGUGUGUGUGCACACACAGGUGUCUGACAGUACUGUAGAACAAGUUACACGAUCAGAAUUUAGUGCCAUUCUUCCUUGAGCCUUCUCUAUAUACUCCAAGGUAUAUAGCCAGUGUACCACUUAGGGAGUUAGGGUAAUCCAGUGUAUUCACAAGUGUUGAAUGUUGUAACUGAAACUCCAAUCCUUAAAUGUCCUACAUAUACAAAUAUACUAUCUGCUGGCAAGAGGUAUUAAAUAAUUUGCCAAAUAGAAA